AUGUUUGACAUAAAAUUCAAAAUUGCCAUAGAGACUUUACUUUCGAUUGAGACUCAUAAUGUUGCCGAAAUCACUAAUGAUUUUAUUGCCAAUACUAUCACUGUCACUCAACCAAUAGAACAAUCGCAGGAGAAUACAUACUCGAAACAACCACAGCAAUCAUAUUUUGAUAUAUCAGAAGGUAACAACUAUAUACUAAAUACAAUCCAAGACGAUUAUAAAGAACUUAAAAUUUCAAACAUUUUACCGGAUCCAAUUAAAUAUAAAAAUUUACCACCAAUUAUAAGUUUACCAAGUCAAGAACAAAGAACUUUGAAACCAGGAGAAAUUUCACAAUAUGUUAUAGAUUAUUCACCAUUGGUUUAUUUAUAUAGUGAAGAGAAAUAUUUACCAUAUGAUAUAAAAGAAUUUGUUACAAAUUUUCAUGUUACUUAUAAAAAUGGUACUAUUUAUCCUGGAACUGAAACGGUUUUGCUUGCUGCUAUUAACGCUGAUGGUAUUAUAAACACACAUUUGAUUGAUCAUGAAGAAUUAUCUGCAAUUAGUGAUACCGAUUUAUCUGAAAAUUCAUUUUGGUUCACAUUCAAAAACUUUUGUGUUGAGCUGGUCCAAUUAAUGGGUUUAUUGGUUGAUCAAAAAUAUCACUUGAUUUCGGAAGAAUCUCCACUACUUAACGUUCCUGGGAUCUUACAGGAUACCACUUUGAACAAAUUAGGAUUCAUAUUUUUGCCUUCAUCUGUCGUCAAGUUCAACCCGAUCAAUAAAUUUAGUGACAUGGUAGUUGAUCGAAGUUUUAGAAACUCUGAACUGAAGGAGCCACUGGAUAUGAUUACAGAUAUAUUGAGUUCUAUCUCGAAAGAAGACAUUUCGGAAAUGAUCAAUACCUGCGCGAAGGAGCUUGCUGCUUAUAAUUGCUAG